ACACACGCACUAAAUGUCAUGACAUUUUGUCGCACAUCAGUCGUCUCCAUUAUUCAUCAAGCGUUCUCUCAGGAGAACGUUGACUUCAUGUUUGCUCACGCUGGAGAACAAAUCCUUUAAUAGCAGCUUGACAACACACGCGCACGAAACUACAUUCCAACUACGUUACAAACACCACUUGCAUGGACUUCAAUGAUGUCUAAAGAGGAAGAGCAAUGCUUAUUUCAUGAUCAUUUAUACAGUACGUGCUGAGGAAUGAGUGGAGUCACGUGAAUGGAUGUGUUAAGUCACACUCUUGUACGGCGGGCAACAGUAGUCCAUCAAAUGAGUCGAAUACUGAGAGAAGAUUAAGAUUACUGUCUGAGUCACAUGUGAAUAACACGUCGAGCGAUGAUGACCCAACUACACUCAUCCACAACAUGCUGAGAGACUCCAGCUGGGAUGUCAGGGAUGGAUGCGGUCACCGCAGGCAACAACGAAACCACAACCUCCUCAGCGGAAAACGGAACCUUCCUCCGCCUCUCGCCGACGUCCCAUUCUACGUGGGCCGCCGCCUCGUCGCCGGGCCGGGGCGGGAGCGUCUACGUUUACGUUUGGCUCUUCCUCGGCCUCCUGCUGCUCCUGCUCAGCCUGCUCGUCAUCGCCCUCCACCGGCUGAAGAACAUCAUCUCUUCCUCGUCCUCAUGCUCGUCUUCCUCGCUGCCAGAGUGUGGCAGUGAAGGUCGCAGCUCCUUCACCAACAUGGAGAUCUGCAGUAUCUCCUCUCAGAGACAGAGCAUCUCCUCACUGUGCACUUGAGGCUCUCUCACUCACACACACUGCAAAUACUCAUGUGUCUCACUUGUGAGGACAUCCUGCAGGGGAGACAUGAAGACAAUUUCCAUCGUCUGUCCUCUUCUUCUUGUCAAGACUGUUUAUUUUCAUGUCUGUAGAUUUCACUGCAAAUAAAUGUCAAAAAAUAAUUCUGCUUGUCUUUGUGUCUGAAAGGAUAUCUGGACAAAAGUAUUGGGCCAGCUACAAGAAGUGAAAAGUGAAGAAAGCGGGAGAGUCUUUGCCUUGGGAACAGCGUCCACUUAUCUGGGAAGACUUUCCACCCGAUUUUUGUGUAUGUCCAUUUGUGAGAUCAGAGGUUGGAGCUCAGAGAGGUGUUCUUCCACCCCAAACUCCUCCAUGAAUGCCUUUAUGGACCGGAAAAGAGAAAGUGUUCCGACGUUUUUAGGUUUCCUUUCCAAAUAUGGUCGUCUUUGUUCCUGUGGCGUCUCACAUCCGUCAUGCUGGAAGAAGCUGUCAGCGUUCUUGACGUCGCCUCCUUGUGUUCUCAGAAUAGUCCACUCCCUUCAGGAAAACGUUCAUCACAUGAUUGGCACACAGACUCAACGUUGGUAUGUAUCCUAAAAUGUUGUCUUGUUCACGAGCAGCUGGAACAUUUGGACAUUUUUCGAUACAAAGAAAAAGAGUGAAAUACAUUUUUUCCCGAGCAUCUCAGUAUGAUACAGAAAACAACAAUAAACGCUGUUAAAUUGUCAAUGGGGGGAGUGAUACAUUUUUUUACAUUAAAGAUGCUAAAAACAAUGCAAUGUAGGUCAAUAUAUGCAAAACUAUCCAAGCAAAGCAUCUUAGCUUUGUGUUAUAGCUGCCAAAGCAAAUUAUCAUAUCUAACAUUUGAUCAGUUCAUUUUAUUUUUACUAUAUGCCGAGUGUCAAAAAACGAGCUGCGAGACGAAAAUGGCCCCUGGGCCAUGAAUGCUGA